GCUCCUUAUACUCCUCUCUCUCAUUCUUUUAAUGUACCUUCUUUUAAAUGUUUUGUGACAUUAGAAAAUGAGGGUAUCAGUGAAAUGCAUUGUUUUGGCCAUUUUUCUGUCUCUCUUUCUUUAUGCAAUCUAUAAUCUCACUCAACUUCAAAACCCAUUUUCUGGAUUUGGAAAAAGCUUCACCUUCACUAUUCACUUUUUCAUUUCCAAUCUCAGUUUAUAUAUUCACCAACCACUUGAUCUUUUCCCUGCCCACUUUAGAAGGAUAUUGGCUAGCUCAGAUACAGAAAACAGAACUUCACAAUCCCAGAGGCAGAGUUUCAAUAUGCUUAAAGAUUGUUCAUUUGAGGGGCCUUUGUUAGAGCAGUUCACAUUUCCUGCAAAUUCUGCUCCCUUCAACAGUUGUCAUGCUUCCACCAUCGUUGAGGUUGAUAAAGAUCAUUUUUUGGUCGCGUAUUUUGGUGGAGCUAAAGAAGGUGCACCUGAUGUGAAAAUUUGGCUACAGACAUAUAAGAAUGGCUCUUGGGAACCACCUGUUAUAGCCGAUAAAGAACCGAAUGUUCCAAUGUGGAACCCUGUGUUAUUUAAACUCCCAUCAGAUGAGCUCCUGCUGUUCUACAAAAUAGGGCAAGAGGUUCAAAAAUGGAGUGGAUGCAUGAAGCGGUCAUAUGAUAAGGGUAUUAGCUGGACAGAAAGAGAACAACUACCUCCUGGUAUAUUGGGACCGAUAAAGAAUAAGCCAAUCCUGCUGGAAAAUGGACUCUUACUUUGUGGAUCCUCUGUUGAAAGUUGGAACUCUUGGGGGUCGUGGGUUGAGGUCACUGCAGAUUCGGGUAGGACAUGGAGAAAGUAUGGCCCUAUUUAUGUCGAGAAUGAAUCUCUCAGCGUGAUUCAGCCAGUCCCUUACGAGACCAAGAAAGGAACGUUGCGCGUUUUAAUGCGUUCCUUCAAUAACAUUGGUAGAGUUUGUCUCUCGGAAUCCCAUGAUGGUGGACAGACCUGGGGUUAUGCUAAACCUACUGAACUCCCUAAUCCAAACUCAGGUAUUGAUGGGGUGAAGCUUAGAGAUGGCCGACUCUUAGUUGCUUACAAUACAAUCUCAAGAGGCGUUCUUAAAGUUGCGUUUUCUUCUGAUGAUGGAGAUUCGUGGCAUGAUGUUUUGACAUUGGAGGAGAAUCUACCAAUGGAAUUCUCGUAUCCGGCUGUUAUCCUGGCUAGUGAUGGGUCUGUCCAUAUCGUCUACACAUAUAAUAGAACACAAAUCAAGCAUGUUGUCCUUAAACCAAAUUCAUGCGGUUGAGAGUGAGCAAAGAGAAGGUAUAUUUUCUUCUUUUGUCUGUAUUAUGAAGUCCAAUGUUUAGCAAGCUAUUGUUGCAGUAGAUCGAUAAUGAAUUAUUGUCCUCCACAAUCACAUACUCUUCAUGAAUUGUAAAGCCACUUGUGCAAAAAAGUACCACCUGUAUGAUAUCUGUUUUUUUGUUGUGUUCUUAUGUCAAUAUUUACUUUGACCGUUUCCAUAUCUCUUUUCAU